CUUGAAGCGAGUGGUCAUUCAGUUUUGAUAACUGGUUGUGACUCUGGUUUCGGUUACGCCACUGCUAUCCAAUUGAAUGACAAGGGAUGGCAUGUGUUGGCCACUGUUCUCGACUAUAAUAGCGAUGGAGCUCUUACAUAUGAAUCAGUGGUCAAAGAGUGUGAAUCCAGACAUUCAAAGUUGUGGUCAGUUGUGAACAACGCCGGUGUCUAUGGUUGUGGUGAACUCGAGUGGGGAGUUAUGCAACACUUGGAAACUAUUAUUCAAGUCAAUGUUUUAGGAUAUAUUCGUGUCUUAAGACAAUUUUUACCACUUAUUAGAAGAUCUAGAGGUCGUAUAAUUAACGUGUCAAGUGUUGCCUCACUGUUCUCAGCGCCGGGAACUACUGUAUACUCGUUGUCCAAAGCGGCCGUCUCUUCAUUGACCGAUGGAUUGCGUCGGGAAUUGUAUAACACAGGAGUGGAUGUCAUCGAAAUCAUACCCCAGGCCUACAAGUAA